GACUCUAAAAUCAUGGAUUGGAAACGACGGUCAGUUCUUUUCCUUGCUGUAUGUUUUCUUCUGCGGAGUCAAGCAGCAGCAGCAGAAGAUAACACUUGGGAUCUCGCCGAAGAAGAAGAUAGUGAGUUAGAGAGGGAACUCAAAACCCUUAACAAGCCUUACGUGAAAUCUUUCAAGGAUGAGUAUGGGAUUACCUACGAUUGCGUGGAUAUCUAUAAGCAACCAGCUUUUGAUCAUCCUCUGCUUAAAAAUCACACACUUCAGUUUCCAAAACGCGGUGGCAACAUAAACAAGGAACCAAUAAUAAAUCAAACGUUACCACAGCUAUGUCCUACAGGAACGCAUGCUGUAGUGGUAUUUGAAGCUAAAAAGGGACCACAAUAUUAUGGCGCAAGCGCAGACCUGGAAGUAUUCCAGCUUUCAGGUGUUUCAAUUAACCAAGCAAGCACGAGCCAGAUCAUUCUUACCAAAGGGGAAAGAGGGCCCAAAAAUUACAUUAACACCGUGCAGGCUGGAUGGCAGGAGGGGGACUACCGGGUUCAUUUCUUCACAUAUUGGACUUCGGAUGGUUACCAGAAGACUGGCUGUAUUAACCUGGUUUGUCAUGGGUUUGUCCAAGUUAGUACUCGGAUAACCCCUGGCAUG